AUGACCCGCCGUGGGGCCGCCGUGCCGGCGCUGGCCCUGGCGCUCCUGGCGGUGGCCCUGGCCUGGGUGGGAGCCCAGGGCGCAGCCCUCGAGGAGCCCGGCUACUACGCACAGGAUGUCUGGACACGGGAUCCCUACUACGCGCGGCCGGAGCCAGAGCUUGAACCCUAUUCGCCGCCGCUGCCCGCAGGGGCCGGGGAGGAGGAGCGCGAGCCGCGUCCGCCCGAACCCAGGCCGCCCAAGAGGGCGACCAAGCCCAAGAAAACUCCCAAGAGGGAGAAGCUGGCGCCAGAGACGCCGUCACCAGGUAAAAAUGGCAACAGAAAGGGCUCGAGGACCAGGAGCUCUGAGAAGGCCGCCAGCGACGAUCACGGUGUCCACGUGGGCCAUGAUGACGUCAGAGAGAGUUGCCCACCUCUCGGUCUGGAAACCUUAAAAAUCACAGACUUCCAGCUGCACGCGUCCACGGUGAAGCGCUACGGCCUGGGAGCCCACCGCGGGAGGCUCAACAUCCAGGCUGGGAUCAAUGAGAACGAUUUCUACGACGGGGCGUGGUGCGCCGGCCGCAGUGACCUGCACCAGUGGCUGGAGGUGGACGCCCGGCGCCUGACCAAAUUCACGGGCGUCAUCACUCAAGGAAGGAGCUCGCUCUGGCUGAGUGACUGGGUGACCUCCUACAAGGUCAUGGUGAGCAAUGACAGCCACACCUGGGUCACUGUCAAGAAUGGAUCUGGAGACAUGAUAUUUGAAGGAAACAGUGAGAAGGAGAUCCCAGUUCUCAACAUGCUGCCCGUGCCCAUGGUGGCCCGCUACAUCCGUGUGAACCCACAGUCCUGGUUUGACAACGGGAGCGUCUGUAUGAGGAUGGAGAUCCUUGGCUGCCCAUUGCCAGAUCCCAAUAACUAUUACCACCGGCGGAAUGAAAUGACCACCACCGACGACUUGGAUUUUAAGCACCACAACUAUAAGGAGAUGCGUCAGCUGAUGAAGGUUGUGAACGAGAUGUGCCCCAACAUCACCAGGAUUUACAACAUCGGCAAAAGCCACCAGGGCCUGAAGCUGUACGCCGUGGAGAUCUCGGACAACCCCGGGGAGCACGAAGUCGGUGAGCCCGAGUUCCACUACAUCGCGGGCGCCCACGGCAACGAGGUGCUGGGCCGCGAGCUGCUGCUGCUGCUGCUGCAGUUCCUGUGUCAGGAGUACCUGGCCCGCAACGAGCGCGUCGUCCACCUGGUGGAGGAGACUCGCAUCCACAUCCUCCCGUCCCUCAACCCCGACGGCUAUGAGAAGGCCUCCCAGGGGGGCUCGGAGCUGGGAGGCUGGUCUCUGGGGCGCUGGACCCAUGAUGGGAUUGACAUCAGCAACAACUUUCCCGACCUCAACACGCUGCUCUGGGAGGCAGAGGACCGGCAGGAAGUCCCAAAGAAGGUUCCCAACCACCAUAUCCCCAUCCCUGAGUGGUUUCUGCAUGAGAACACCACGGUGGCCGUGGAGACCAGAGCGGUCAUAGCCUGGAUGGAAAAGAUCCCCUUCGUGCUGGGCGGUAACCUGCAGGGGGGCGAGCUGGUGGUGGCCUACCCCUACGACAUGGUGCGCUCCCUGUGGAAGACACAGGAGCACACGCCCACGCCCGACGACCACGUGUUCCGCUGGCUGGCCUACUCCUACGCCUCCACCCACCGCCUCAUGACGGACGCCCGCCGGAGGGUGUGCCACACGGAGGACUUCCAGAAGGAGGAGGGCACGGUCAACGGGGCGUCCUGGCACACUGUCGCAGGAAGUCUCAACGACUUCAGCUACCUUCACACAAACUGCUUUGAGCUCUCCAUCUACGUGGGCUGUGAUAAAUACCCACACGAGAGCCAGCUGCCCGAGGAGUGGGAGAACAACCGGGAAUCCCUGAUCGUGUUCAUGGAGCAGGUCCACCGCGGCAUCAAGGGCAUGGUGAGAGAUUCCUACGGAAAAGGAAUUCCAAAUGCCAUUAUCUCCGUAGAAGGGGUCAACCACGACGUCCGAACAGCCAGCGACGGGGACUACUGGCGCCUCCUGAACCCGGGCGAGUACGUGGUGACGGCCAAGGCAGAAGGCUUCACCACGUCCACCAAGAGCUGUAUGGUCGGCUACGCCAUGGGGGCCACGCGCUGCGACUUCACCCUCAGCAAGACCAACCUGGCCCGGAUCCGGGAGAUCAUGGAGAGGUUCGGGAAGCAGCCCCUCAGCCGGCCAGCCCGGCGGCUGAAGCUGCAGGGACGGAAGAGACGGCAGCGCGGGUGACCUCCCGCACCCUUGGGACUCGUCUGGGACCCAUGCAGAUGAAGCCAGCCCCAGUAGUAGCUGUCCUGUAGUGGCCUCGCCCACUGGUGUCUUCUCUGUGAUCCCAGAGCCCCCUGCCCCCCACAUACACCCUGGGAGCGCGUGUGAACAUGGCCAGGCUGGACCCGAAGGCUGCUUUUUUUUUUUUUCCUUUAUUCCCAUUUACCAGGCGCUUGGGCAGAGCAGCAGACAAGCUGGUGGGAGGGAGAGAAGUCAGCCAGUGGACCUGGGAUUCAGAGAAGGAAGGAGCUGGCCCCCUCGGCCUCCUUCGGCACAGCCCCCACUGCCACCCCCCACCCCUUUGCAUGCCAGCAGGUGUUCCUGGGCAUCGGCAAUUAGCAACGCUGAAACACCGCGUUCCCCGGGCCCUGCUGUCCUGAACAUGACCGUUAGAGAUGCUCCCAGGCAGCCUGGGAGCGUCUCCCCUUGCUGGCCCCAGGACGUCCAGAGCUGCUGCAGAUGGCCCUGGCGUCCAUGACCAAGUGAGCAUCCGCAGUCCCUUGAAUGGGCUGUUUCCCUUUGCAACAAGACUGUGUCCCUGAAAGGGGAGGGACGCUGAGAUGAUCCGAGGGUGACGCUGGGCAGCGGUGCGGUCCUGGGGGCUUGUGUGCAGGCUCGGUCUGCAGAGCGGCCCCGACACCCCCGGCCCUGGGGCUCCCCGAGUGCCAGCUUUCCCAAGGGCCCACAUAACAGCCUGGCUCUCCUCUUCCGCCGGCUGGGACCUGCAGAGAGCCAGGAGGAGGCCGAGCUGUGAGCUCCUGUCUGCUCAGGGUGCUGCACCUGCCGCAGACCUCGACGCUCCCGAGCUGGCCCCACACCCGUGGGCGAGGCAUUGGCAUGCGUGGACUGCCAGGCUUCCAAGUUAAACUAAAUUUGGUGGAGAACUCCCAGGACUGUCUGCGAUUCAGGAUCGUGGGUUCGGGAGGGUGACUGAAGGGCCAGCUCCAUCUCACUUCCCAUCCAAGCUGCUGCCUCACUCACCUGGGACGGAUGAAAAAAUAAAGCAGGCAGAUGUGAGUGUUUUCUGCAGUGGAGUUUCUCUGGAUAGACGCGGCCACCCAAGCACCGUGCCCUCUGCCUCUGACGUUGGGCACCCCAGAGAUGCUGCCUGCCUGGGAGUAGGCAACCUGUACCCCACAAAGUGGGGCAACGAGGCCAGCGCCUUCUGAGCAGAGAUGGGGGCCUGGGGCCACUGGUGUCUCUUAGGGAUGCCAGAGAGAGCAUCUUUCAGUAAAAGCCCUUCAUUUUUUUCUAUUUGAAAGGCGGAGAGGAGAGGGAGUGAUUGAUUCCAUCUGCUGGUUCACUCCCAAAUUUCUGCAGUAGCCGGUUCCAGGCCAGGAUGAAGCCGGCA